AUGCAACUCAUAGGUUGCAGCAUACCUACAUCUGAGGAACGAGUCUUACCAUCUUCGUCCAUGCUACAAGUGAAGCCACUUCUAUCUAGUUCCUCCGCUGUUGUCAUUUCAGCCAGUGCUAAUAACCGACGUUUUCUUUCUGCACGGAUGUUCCGGCGGUUUACGCGAUCUACUGAAUCUAAGACCUCUGCAGAUUCACCGUCAUUACUUGAUAACCAGACCAAGCAUCGACACCAGCGGCAUUGUCGGUUAAAACCCCAGCACCAACAAAGACAUCGUAAUAAGGAUGGGAAGUCAAGCUCGAGUCUAUUAGGUGUGACUGGUGACCGAAUCGGCUGUCAGGACUCAUUUGUUUCCCUAUCGUCCUCUACCGUAUCUUCAGUUUCUUCUACAGUCUCAGAUAAUUCUUCCGACGUUUCUGACUCAGAGGCAUCGACCUCUUCUACCGAUACUUCUACUACCACCCCCACAUCCUCCUCAACUUCCUCAGCCUCUCAUAAGGCUCACGAUAUUUCUAAAAAAAUCCCCCCUGAUCAGAUAAUAGACAAGUCAAAGAACGUUGCAAAACAAUCUAAAACUGGCAUAAUUUAUGCUGGUCCGUCUACCAUGGUAGCAAAGCUGAGACGUAAGCGUCAACAACGGGCAGACACGGGCGUACCCAGUUUGCACGGGCGUGCUGACGCCUCUUCUGCAGGCAGCAUUACCGGAGCUGGGCCCAGUGGGUUUUUGGUCGGACAAAACGAAUCUGGCCCGCCAAUUCGUCAGAAUGUAUCGGAGAAGUUUGCUCAGGUCAUUUGCAAGUGA